AUGGGCAGCGGGGCAAGUAAUCAGGUUAGAUCUAAAUCGGAGCGUACAACAAAAGUUGAAAACUUGUGUUCUCCAAGUCUUUCUCAACUUUCUGAUAACCAGAACCAUAGUAGAUUUAAAUCUUCUACAAAAGAAUUCACAUUGUUUACUGCAAAUAGAAGUGUUGCCAACAGCCAGAGUGACAUUGUGACUCAUCUAAACCAAAAACCAUGUAUAAACCGGAAGUCUCAGUUAAGAAUUGAACCACCACAACCACUAUAUGGUCACAGAAACAGUGUGGGAGAUACAGAAGUAACAGUUGACAAGGUAUCAACUCAAGAACUUCAUCGGAAAAUACAUGAGCUUGAAUUAGCUCUUGCAGUAUCAGAUAGUCAAAGAUUAGACUUACAAGAUCAGUUACAGGCUCUAGAAGAAAGGGCCUCUAAGAAAACAGACAAGAAUGCACCCACACCACCAGACACUUCCAGAGCUUUGUAUGAGACUCUGAAUGCUAAAGAUCAGCAUAUUAAACAACUUGAAACAGAACUCAAAAAUGCACAGACGGAUUUUCAGAAAAAGACUAACAAGUUGAAAAAACACAUUCGAGCACUAACAAAGCAAAUUUUUGAACUACGUCAUGAAGCUUUGAUAUCUCAAAUGGAGCUUAAGACACAGCCAUUUGAGUCAUCUGAAAACCAGAAAUCCAAGACUACCUCAUCUGGUGAGAUCAAAGAAAUAUCGGUUUUGAGACCUGAAUCAAGCAUUGGCCAUACUAAAAUUAUUAUAGAGCUCUCUAGUCAGAUCUCUGAACAAGGAGAACAGAUUGCCAGUCUAAAGACUGAAGUGUCUGAGAAAAAUCAAAGAAUUGAACAUCUAGAAGCUGUAGUCAGAGAGAUGAGAAAGACUUCCGCUGUUAAUCCUACACCACUGUGUUCUGAACACUUUAAUAGAGACAUUAUUAACACUGAGAUAAUUACUUCUACAGUCGAUGAGAAAUAUAGAAAUUAUUUUAGUCAUCCAACACAGAAAUCACAUUUUCAGUCUGCUGAUGUAAUGUCAGCCUACACAAACAAUGAUAACGGUCCUCUAGCAGAUUCUCAUCUCAGAUCCAGGUUUAGGUGUCAGACUACAUCUUUGUCAGAUUCAGAUUCAGACUGGGAUGAAGGGCUCUGUUUGUCUCAAGGUAACAGGCACAGUGCUCCAGUUUGCAGCAGAAAUAAAAGUCACAAAAGUGAUUUGUCCAUACAUCAAACCAGCAGUAUUAGAGGUAAACCAGAAGGGAACCUGCAAACUGGGGAUAAUUACUUGAGCAAUUCGUUGGCAGUAUUAAAUACUGCUGCUUCAAAUAAUAUAUUUGAAGCUAAAGAACAAUUAUGA